AUGCGGACCAUCAUGGCAUCUCCUUUCUUACCUAAUUAUUCCCCGACUCGCAUACGUCUUAAUGUCCCUUCUUUCUGUCUUAUCGCAACCCUCGCAAUGUCAAAAUUGGCAAAUACGUUACCGAUAUUCAAUAAAUCCAUUCCGGACUACACUACCUCGGAAGCGGGUAACCCUUUCGUGGAUAGCUGGUACGCUGACCCUGAUACUGAGAUAUAUGAGGGUCUCUAUUGGGUAUAUCCAACAGCCUCAUAUUCAUAUGAAAAGCAGACAUAUCUCGAUGCCUUCUCUAGCCCAGAUCUAGUUCAUUGGACAAAGCAUCCUAAUAUUUUAACAACUGACGAUGUGACCUGGGCUAAGAAUGCCGUGUGGGCUCCGGCGCCAAUCUUCCGUAACGGAAAAUACUAUCUAUACUUUGGUGCUAACGACAUUCAAGAGGACGGACCUGCUAAGGGGGAGAUUGGAGGGAUUGGCGUCGCCAUCUCGGACAACCCACAGGGCCCAUACGUUGAUGCGAUUGGAGCACCGUUAAUCGGAGAUUACCACAACGGCGCACAGCCAAUCGACCAAGACGUCUUUAUAGACGACGUCGACGGACAAGCCUAUAUAUACUACGGAGGACAUUCGCAUGCCAACGUGGCCAAACUUAACGAAGACAUGAUUUCCAUCGGGACUUUCGAUGAUGGAACACAAUUCAAGGAAAUUACCCCUGAGAACUAUGUCGAGGGCUCUCAAAUGAUCAAGCGCAACGGGAUUUACUACUUCAUGUGGUCCGAAGGCGUUUGGACAGGCCCGGACUACUCUGUUUCGUAUGCCAUGUCUGAUUCGCCCUUAGGCCCCUUCAACCGGCUCGCCAAAAUCCUACAGCAGGAUAGCGCAGUGGCCAAGAGUAGCGGGCAUCAUGGUGUUAUCCACAUUCCAGACACCGAUAUAUGGUAUAUCGUGUACCACCGCCGCCCACUGAGCGAGACGGACGGUAAUCAUCGUGUCCUUGCCUACGACCGCAUGUAUUUCGACGACGACGGAAAGAUCAAACAGGUUAACAUGCUCGUUAAAGAUAACUUCGCCGAUGGAGAAAUGUACGGUUGGAAGACAUACGAUGGGGAGUGGUCCGUGGUAGACCAACGACUCACCGUCGCCGAAACAGCCGAUGCCAAAGCCUUGCUGGACACUGAUUUCACUGAUCUGGCAUUUGAUGCAACUGUCGCGAUUCAAUACGGAGACGGAGACGCCGGGCUUGUGUUCCGGGCUACCGAUGUAUCUACUACCUCCGACCAGUUCAAGGGAUAUUACGCAGGCCUCUCGUCGGCUAGCAGAGUCACUCUCGAGAAGGCGGAUAGCGGAACAUGGACAUCGCUGGGUGAAAGCGAUACCAAGGUCUCCCUUGCGACCGAAUACCACAUCAGAGUUACGGCCGUCGGCGGAGAUAUCAAAGUAUUCAUAGAUGACUUUACAGAGCCCUUGAUCAGUAUUACGGAUAAGUCGUUUUCCCAUGGUGCGACUGGGGUAAGAGCUCAUAAUGUCGCUGCUAAGAUUGGCAAUGUUUCUGUUCAACGGCCUUAG